GAGGCCUCGCGUCCUGCCCUCCCCUUCUUCUGUGCGGCGAGGCCUCCCUCCCCAGCACUUGUCCGUCCCGGUGAGCUGGAAGCCCCCGGCAGCCUUCCUUGGUCGCACAGGCGGGUGAAAGACAGGGAGGUGCGUCUUGCUUCGUGGCUUGUCCCUGGAAGUCCGACCUCAACCCAGUCGCGGAGCCGUGGGGAUGAUCCUGUGCUCAGCAGGGCCCCGGCUCCAGAGACUUGACCUGGGGUGUCCGCCACCUUCUCGGACCCCCGCACGCGGAGAUUUAGUCAGCCUAGAUCUCAGCUUGGGUUUUCCCGUCAGUUGCCUAUCAUUACACCGGAGAAAUCCAGGUGAUCAGAAAAUAUGACGGGGGUGACCCGGAUGUUCAACUUUUUCCUUUCCUGCUUCAAAAAGCCUCGUGGUGGAACGUCUGCUCGACCCCUUCACGUGGAAGGGUGAGAACUCUGCCUAGGAACACAGCGUGAAUGGAAGAGACCUGUCAUUAUGCCUUUCCCAAGAAAUUGACUGGAAAUGGGGAAACUAAGUGUGUCCACCCUAAGGCGUGAAUGCAAACAGUUCAGCACUCUGCACAGACACUGAAAACAGCUCUCAUCUCAAAGAAUUCAGUGCUUGUGUCCCAGUACGAGAAAUCAGAUGUUGGGGAGCAGCGUCUCCUGAACGAAGCCUUCCAGCCAGCCAAUGGUCUCUUUGGGCCCAUUACCUUGCACUCUCAGUCGGACUGGAUCACCUCCCAUCCCGAGGCUUCUCAAGACUUCGAACAGUUUUUCAGUGAUCCUGACAGAAGAACACCCUCUCCGGACAAACGCAGCAUUUAUCUACAGUCCAUUGGAUCUCUAGGAAAAACCAGAAUUAUCAGUGAAGAAUAUAUUAAAUGGCUCAAGGGCUACUGUGAAGCAUUUUUCUAUGGGUUGACAGUAAAACUCCUAGAGCCGGUUCCUGUUUCUGCAACGAGGUGUUCCUUUAGAGUCAACGAUAACACACAAAACCUACAAAUUCAUGCAGUAGGGCACAUCCUGAAGUUCUUAAAAAAGAAGAAACCUGACGAUGCCUUUUGUGUUGUGGGGAUAACAAUGAUUGAUCUUUACCCAAGAGACUCCUGGAAUUUCGUCUUUGGACAAGCCUCUUUGACAGAUGGUGUGGGGAUAUUCAGCUUCGCCAGGUAUGGCAGUGAUUUUUAUAGCUUGCACUAUGAAGGCAGAGUGAAGACGCUCCAGAAGACAUCUCUGAGAGACUAUUCAAUUUUUGAUGACUAUUAUAUUCCGGAAAUAACUAGUGUUUUGCUGCUUCGAUCCUGUAAGACCUUAGCCCAUGAGAUUGGACACAUAUUUGGACUGCGACACUGCCAGUGGCUCGCGUGCCUAAUGCAGGGGUCCAACCACUUGGAAGAAGCUGACCGGCGCCCUCUGAACCUUUGCCCUAUCUGCUUACGCAAGUUGCAAUGUGCUGUUGGCUUCAGCAUUGCAGAAAGAUACAAGGCGUUGUUGAGUUGGAUUGAUGGUGAAUCUACUGACGCACCUGCCGUCGCUCCAAAACGCAGCCACGAAGAGAGUGUGAAUAUACCGAAACCUGUCGAGGCCUUUAAGGACUGGAGAGGGUGGAUAUUCAAAUGCCUUGCUGUUCUCCAAGAAUAGGGACCAUUAAGUAGGGGUAAUUAAAAUAAAUACUUGCACAUCAUGCUUUCA